AGGGUCAAUCCCCGUAGUUGUUAAAGGAGUGUCUCUCGAUGUGCUGGCGUAGUUACGUUUGAUAGUUCCAUGUUCGGUCAAGUCUUCCACGUGCAACUUAAUAUAGAGAAAAGUGUUGUACUCUACAUACAACUUAAAGUCUUAUGCCUGCAACUUAUCAUAGAGGAAGUGUUGUGUUCUGCGCGGUAGUGUUACACCUGCAACUCACUAUAGAGUUAAGUGUUACUGUUGUGCCCUAUAAAUGCAGCGAUUGAGCGACUAGUUUCUAGUUAUCAUCAGAGUUUUGAAUGAGUACGCCAUCAAUUAAACAUUGAACUGCUGAUGGACAUAGGAGUGAAAUUGAAUAUGAUUUCAAUACAAGCAACUGUUAAGUUAUUUUUCCGGUUGCUGUGGAGAUUUUGUUGUAAACGACACGAAUGGUAGAGCUACACUCAAUGGUGAAAACACGAAAUAAACAAAAGGUGAACAAACAUACGUGAUGCCUGGAUAUUUAAAUUGAAAAUAAUUGAAGUGAAUACUUUGCUCUAUAUUUUAAAUCUUAUAUCCUGAAUUAUGGAAGAGGAAAUAAAGUAAUAAUCUUAUUUCGGUGACGGAUACGAAAUGAUAAGUAAAUUCAACGAUGUUUGUGAUUACUGUACUCAAAUAUUUUAGUUAAUGUAGAUGUUAACUUCUGAUCGUUAACAAGACCCUUUGUAUGUGCAACAAAAAUGUUGAUGUGGAGGUUAAACUUUUAAUCUUUAUCAAGACACAGUGUAUGUGCCACAAAAAUGUAGCUGUAGACAUUACACUUUUAAUCGUUUUCAAGAACCGUGUAUGUGCUUGUUGAACUUUUGAUCGUUAACAAGACACCGUGUAUGUGCUUGUUCAACUUUUAUUCGUAACAAGACACCGUGUAUGUGAUUGUUAAACUUUUAAUCGUUAUCAAGACACUGUGUAUGUGCUUGUUAAACUCUUAAUCGUUAUCAAGACACCAUGUAUGUGCCACAAAAAUGUGGAUGUUGAGGUUAAACUUUUAAUCGUUAUCAAGACACCGUGUAUGUGUCCCAAUGACGUCAUGGAGCGAGGACCUCUCACGUUGGCUGGAGCGCUGCUGCUGCUCCUGUACGUCGCUCGCGCCCAAGAAGCUCUGCAGGGCAGCGAGGCAGAAGCAGGACCCAUGGUGAGGGUGGAGGGAGUUGUGGGUGGGGACGUGGACGUGCCUUGUGGAGUCUUCCCCAACGAUGCCAAGGACAAAGUCAACCUCAUCCUCUGGUACAAGGAUAACAACGAAGUGCCCAUAUACAGCUAUGAUACGCGACGAGCGAUGUUCCCUAUGGAGAAACAUCACCUCAAAGACGGCGGCCUGAGAGGGCGCGUCGAGUUCACACCGUCACCGCGGCCACCGCGUCCUCACACGCUUAAAAUAAAGGGCCUGCAGGCGGGCGACGCCGGCCGCUACACUUGCCGCGUGGACUUCCUGAACGCGCAGUCGACAACGCGGGUCGCGGAGCUCACGGCCAUCACGCCAGUCGAGAGCGUCGUCAUCUCGGACGCCCUGGGGCAGCCCGUGCCGCCCAAAACGGCGCCCAUACCCGAGGGCGGCACCCUGAACCUUACGUGCCUCGCUAAGGGCGGCGAGCCUCGUCCCAAAGUGUCGUGGUGGUUGAGGGAUGCGAUGGUGGAUGACGUGUACCAGGAGGUUGCCCCCAACCUGCUCAGCAACAGCCUCGUCAUCUCGCCUGUGACGCGCUCCCACAACCACGCCAUGGUCUCUUGUAGAGCUUCAUCGUCACCCGUCUCUGUUACCUCUGCCACCGUCACCAUUGAUAUGUACUUGAAGCCCCAGUCCGUGGACAUCGUUGGUCCCUCGGGGCGCGGGGUGCCCGCUGGCCAACACGUGGACCUGACCUGCAAGGUGCGGGGGUCGAGGCCCCCGCCCAUCAUCACGUGGAAGGUCGGCGGUCGCGACGUGCAGACUGACGAACCAGCGCAGAAGCCCGGGUUGACGGAGGUGGGGGUGGAGUCUCGCCUGCGGUUCCCCGUGCGUCGUCAGGACCACGAGGCGCGCGUCGUCUGCCGCGCCCUCAACCCCGCCAUGCCCGACUUUGAUAUGCAGGACGACACCAAACUUAACGUCACGUACCCUCCUGAGGUGGAGCUGAGGAUGGGGACAUCGCUGAAGAGCACUGAAGUGCGGGAGCAUACAGACCUGUACCUGACCUGCCACUACAGCGCCAACCCGCCACCUCAUCGCCUGCACUUCCAGCAUGAGGAUCGCCCAGUUUUAGAAGGAUCAUCACCUAGCGUUGUGAUAUCCGGCCAGAAUCUGGUACUGAGAUCCGUGACCAGAGCACAAGCUGGACUCUACAGCUGCAACGCCACCAACAGCAUCGGCACUGGUAGCAGUGCUCAGCUCAAUAUCUCCGUGCUUUACUCGCCAGUGUGCGCGUCAUCAGCACCUGUUUGGGCGCAGCCCGGCAUGCUGGUGAGCGCCUCAUGCGGCGUCGAGGCGCGGCCAGCGAAGCCCAUGAGCUUCUCGUGGGUCUGGAAGACGCCCACCGCCACCAAGCGGGUGCCCACCUCGCAAAUAACGUCUCGGGGAUUAAAUUCGGAGGCGACGUUCACGGUACCGAGCGACAACAGCUCCAUGCCGCCCCCAGGGCAGCAGUUCGGGGUGCUCGAGUGCUGGGCUGAGAACCCUGUAGGCAAGCAGAUAGAACCCUGCAUUGUGCAAGUCAGGCGUCCCAACCCUCCAGAGGCGCCUGUCAACUGCACGCUCUCGAGCUCCACAUACAACACAGUGACGGUGGUCUGCGACCCAGGCACUUCCAUCCUACCGCAGUCUUUUCGACUUCAGGUCUACCAGUCCGAGACCGGCAAAGUCUUCUUCAAUUCCAGCAGCACCUCACCCAGAUUCGUGGUGCGUAACCUGGACCCUGGGUUCGCGUACGAAGUGUUCGUGUCGGCGUUCACGGCGUACGAGAGCAGCCCUCUCAAGAAAGUUGAAGGCCUGCGCGUCCAGACCGCCGAGAAUAAAAUUAGCGUAGGCGAAACACUGGCGGACAGCGAGUGGUUCUCUGUGGUGGUGUACGGUGGUGGGGGCCUCGGUCUCGUGUUCGUCGUGCUGCUCGUAGUAUGUCUCAUCCGCCUGCGGCUGCGGCGGUCGCAGCACCGCUGCACGGUCCGCAAAAUCAAAGGCGCCGCAAUCCCGGAAGAAGCUGGCCAACCGGCGCCUUCCACCGCCGCCGCGACUGUCCGCAGUCGCAGCUCCGAAUCUCAGAGUUUGUCGUCCAUGGAGAAGAAGUCGCCAAACGUGGACGGCAUUUCCGACCUUAUCGGACCUGGCCGAGAAAUCGGAAGAAAUGAUCCACGAAAGUACGAUGAAACGAGCAACACCUUACAACCAAUCAUCAGACAGGGAGGCAGCAAACGGCAGCCUAUAAUAAAGGAAAAUGGAAGGGCAGAACCUGUGCGUGGCAGCUCAAAUAGACAAGUGCUCUUUUUAGAACCUCCGGUGGCGGAGACCUGCAACUUGCCGUCACCAAGACGCAACGAAAUUGGGCUCCUGAGGGACUUAGAAUCUCCCCCGUAUAGCCCCUCGGAGUUGACCUUGCGAGGCGCUGAUCCUCCAGUGAGGAGAAGUGAUAGCUUCAGCAGGCAUGGCGACGUCAUUCCCAGGCAUUCUGACCUCGGCAUGAGAAGACCUGACAUGCCACAACACCGUCGGCCAGAGGAUAUACAUUACAUGAGCGAUAUGCAUAAUAUGCCACCUCGAGUAGACCUUACAGGGCGACACGAUUUACCUCCCAGGCAUGACAUCCCACUCAGGCGUGACAUUCCUCCUAGGCAUGAUAUUCCAGCACGACAUGACUUACUACCCCGACAUGAAAUGCCUCCUCGCCUUGAUAUACCUCCCCGACAUGAUAUGCCUCUCCGACAUGAUAUAUCACCCCGGCAUGACAUAUCGCCUAGACAUGAUAUACCAACUCGACAUGAUAUACCACCGCGGCAAGACCUCCCUCCUCGUCAAGAUUUGCCCCCUCGACAUGAGUAUUCCCCAAGGAUCGACCUGGCUCCAAGACACAGCGAUCCUUCUCGGCACGAGGUAUCGCCAAGGCGGGAAGAAUUCUCGCCAUACGCGAGACGAAGACUGUGCUCUGACUCAAUGAAAAUACCUACCUCGGAAAUGGAAACUUCUUUGUAUCCAUUGCCUGUUCGAAACACAACCUAUCAUGACUCGCUCAGGAAUUUCGAAGAUCGCUACUCGGAACGAAGUCCUCACCCAAACGACGGCUUGGUGCCUCCAUUCCGGUCUGGCUCCUCGAACACUCUGAGUCGCGACUCAGGCUACGGCUCUUCACGACCUCCUCACGGAGUUUUCAACUCGCCUGCCUACCGUAGACAUGCCAGGAGUUACGACGACUCAUCUCCCUAUCAUCCUCCACCUCCUCCGCUCACUUCCAUCAUGAAAAAGUCACCGAGCGUGAGUGCUGGAGUCGGGCGCAAUGCUGAUGGUGUUUGCAGAGCAGCCUGCAGCCACCCUACCUAUAGGUCUCUGCCAAGGCCCAGCAAAAACCGGCCUCCUGAUGUAGAAGAACUCAACCGUUAUCGCGGUCUGGAUCGUCGCUUCGACUUGCCGUUCACAGGAUCGUUGCCAAGGCAAGAAGCGCGCAGACCUAUCGGGGGCAGCCGACUUCGGUUCGCCGAUGCUAAGUACUUCCAUGUUUACCCUGAUAAGGAAAAGAAGCAAAAUAGAGUAGUCGUUGACGAUUCAGAUGAGAAUUUUGUAUGAAUGGUUUCAUGAAUAAAUGUUUUUUUAUUUGUU